CUUAUGCGGAAGUAACUUAUGGCGGGAAAAUUUGUUGUGAUAAUUUGUCAAGUCUGUUUGAGCUGUGAUAAAUAGUAGUAUGAUGGGGACUGCAGGAUGUGAAGAAGAUCAGUUUUUGUGCCGACUGCAGGAACUCCACUUUUCAAUCCCAUCAUGCAAUAGUUCUCCAUCACUCCGAACAGACAGUCUGAGGAAUAUAUCGGCUCACCUACGUCUGGCACAGACUCAGGGAAUAUUACCUGUAGAAGCUGAGUCCUGUGUGGUGAAGGGGUUUGAAGACGACUAUGGGACAGUUGUCGAUUCCCUAGAUGAAAAAUCAGGUCUGAAUAACUUUGCAGAAGGAGCUCUCGCCAUAUGCAGCAAACACAAAAAUGAAAGUCAGAAAUGGAAAUCAACCCUUACACUAGAUGCUCUGAAAUCAAAAGAUUUCUACCAGAAACUGAAUUCACAAGCAAUGAGUAUCUCCAAGAGUUAUCUGCCCAAAGGAAGUGACAACGACACUGUUUUCAAGAAGACAGACAAUAAGGAAAAUAAUACUGCUAGUUUAGACAAGAGUAGAAAUCAGUCUAGCACCUCAGAUACUCUGAGCAGACAAUUUAACUUCCAACGACACAACACCUCACAAACUCAAUGGAAGGACAGGCAGAAGAGUUGGGAUAAUCAACAACCAGAAAACGGCUCCACACAUGGAGCCAGUAUUGAUGGAGCACACAGGACAGGCUCCCACCAAAGGCAGACCACUCCAGCGUGGACGUCCAGCAGUAACAUGGACAUUGAGAGCGGGGAUACUUAUUCCAGGAAAAGACCCUUGCUUUCUAACAAUGUUGCAGGUGGGAGAAGUGGGCAGAGAAACUUUGGAUCCUCUGGUGGGCAGCCAUCUUUGUUUCCAAACAAUGAGCAUCCAAGACGUGGACCUGACCCAGGAGUUGAGGAGGAUGAUGAUGAUGUGCCCCAUCUGAACAACCCCUUUAAAACAGCCAAACAGCAGCUGGCUAUUGACCAGCAGAAGAAAUAUUCUCGAGGAGGAGGCGGUAAUCAUGGUCAAGGUCAACCGACAACGUCUGUGUAUGGGACAGGAAAAAAAUCCCUCGGAACAAGGCGCGGCCCAUCGAGUAAGUUUGUCCCCCCAAUUGCCGGUCGGGAGGAGAAUGGGGGAGGAGGAAGCAACCGAUCUGGCAGCAGUGGUGGUGGUAAAGGCAGCAGUGAAUGUGAGGAGCCGGUUGACGAACGACUGAAGGGCAUCGAACCCAAGAUGAUCGAACUCAUCAUGAAUGAGGUGAUGGAUCAUGGACCCCAGAUGGACUGGAGUGAUAUAGCAGGUCUGGAGUUCGCCAAGAAAACAAUAAAAGAGAUUGUGGUGUGGCCCAUGCUUCGACCCGAUAUCUUCACUGGACUUCGAGGUCCACCGAAAGGCUUGCUGCUGUUCGGACCUCCGGGAACAGGGAAAACUCUCAUAGGUAAAUGUAUAGCCAGUCAGUCCAAGUCUACCUUCUUCAGCAUCAGCGCAUCCUCGCUGACGUCAAAGUGGGUAGGAGAAGGGGAGAAGAUGGUGCGAGCUCUGUUUGCCGUAGCCCGGUGUAACCAGCCCGCCGUGGUGUUUAUUGACGAGAUCGACUCCCUGUUGUCUCAGCGCUCAGACGGAGAACAUGAAGCUUCGCGCAGAAUCAAGACAGAGUUUCUUGUACAGCUGGAUGGGGCGGGCACACAGUCAGAAGACCGCAUUCUGGUCAUCGGGGCCACCAACAGGCCACAGGAAAUUGACGAGGCAGCCAGGCGGCGCUUCGUGAAGCGACUGUACAUCCCUCUCCCAGACACUGUUGCCCGGCAACACAUCAUUCAGAACCUCAUGUCUAGUCAGAGCUUCCGGCUCUCCGAUACAGACAUCCAGACAAUCUGCGAGACAACUGAUGGAUAUUCUGGUGCUGACAUGGCAAACUUGUGCCGGGAAGCGGCUCUCGGACCUGUCCGCAGCAUCCCCUUUGAACAGAUCGAGACAAUCACAGCAGACCAGGUCCCACCGAUAACGUUCCCAGACUUCCAGGAAGCGUUUCUGCAGGUGCGAGCAAGUGUCUCACAGAACGACCUGGAUCUAUACAUCAACUGGAACAAACAGUUUGGAAGCUUUGGCAAGACGUAGAUAUCACAGUACUGCUGUAUUUAUUGUGAUGAAUAAAUGUAGUUAUUGCACACUA